UCUUUGGUUGUACAAAUAUAUAGUGAUAUGUGCAUCAUAGUCAUGAAGUAAAUAAUAAAUAACAAAACAAAAACAAAAAAAAAAAACAACAAAAAAACGUAUCCGCAUCGAACGGAAACCAAUGCCAGAGUAUCAGUAUCCGGAAUGAAACUGGAAACGACAGCACAGACAAUGCCAACGAGUUGAGAACCACAAAACGAUAGCAAUCGCAACUGUUAACGCUGCCAAUAUGACUAGCUAUUGGUACCUGGGCGUCUGUUAUAGCCUGCUGCUGUUGCUGCUGAGUGCCCAGCUGUCAUUGGUUCGAUGCAAGCGAAAAGAAAUGCUCGCGGGUCGCUUAGAGAAUGUAACACAGACGAUCUCAAAAAUACUGCAAGGAUAUGAUAUACGCCUGCGGCCCAAUUUUGGCGGUGAGCCUUUGCACGUGGGUAUGGAUUUGACUAUAGCAAGCUUUGAUGCGAUCUCAGAAGUUAAUAUGGACUAUACUAUAACAAUGUAUUUGAAUCAGUAUUGGCGCGACGAGCGCCUGGCUUUUAAUAUAUAUGGACCAUACUACGAUACCGAUGCAGAGGACGAUGGAGUCAACGAUGUGCUGACGCUGUCUGGCGACUUUGCCGAGAAGAUUUGGGUGCCAGAUACAUUCUUUGCCAACGACAAGAAUAGCUUCCUACAUGAUGUCACUGAGCGAAAUAAGUUGGUACGUCUUGGCGGCGAUGGAGCCGUUACCUACGGCAUGCGAUUUACCACGACACUGGCCUGCAUGAUGGAUUUGCACUAUUACCCACUGGACUCUCAGAACUGCACCGUGGAAAUCGAGAGCUAUGGUUACACGGUCAGCGACGUAGUCAUGUACUGGAAGCCAACACCGGUACGCGGCGUAGAGGACGCCGAACUGCCACAAUUCACGAUCAUUGGUUAUGAGACGAACGACAGGAAGGAGCGGCUGGCCACUGGUGUCUACCAGAGGCUGUCGCUCUCCUUCAAAUUACAGCGCAACAUUGGAUACUUUGUGUUCCAGACGUACUUGCCCAGCAUACUGAUCGUAAUGCUGUCCUGGGUAUCAUUUUGGAUUAACCACGAGGCAACGAGCGCUCGAGUAGCGCUUGGUAUAACAACGGUCCUCACCAUGACAACGAUCAGUACGGGAGUACGCAGCUCCUUGCCCCGCAUCUCCUACGUAAAAGCCAUUGAUAUCUAUUUGGUGAUGUGCUUUGUGUUCGUAUUUGCGGCGCUCCUUGAAUACGCUGCGGUCAAUUAUACAUACUGGGGCAAGCGAGCCAAGAAGAAGAUCAAAAAGCUGAAGGAUUGUGAUCAACAUAAAAUAGGUAAAUUGGAAAAAUCCGAAACGUGUUCAACAACAGAAGACAUUAUUGAGCUGCAGGACGUGCGCAUGAGUCCUAUACCUUCUUUGCGCAAGGGUAACUAUAAUGUGACCCUCGGCUCCAUCGGCACAGAGACCAUGGACUUGGCCAAGUUCCCGCCAAGCUUUCGCAUUACUCGUAACUAUGGUGCUGGUCGUAGUCAGCUGCGACAUCGUGGUCAAAGAGGAAUCUCAGCACGUCCCCGCAUGAUGCAUGCCAUUAAAAAGAGCGCCUCAGCCAUUAGGGCGACAUUACCAAAAAUCAAGGAUGUUAACAUUAUUGACAAGUAUUCACGCAUGAUAUUCCCCAUUAGCUUUUGUGCGUUCAACCUGGGAUACUGGAUCUUCUACAUAUUAGAAUAAGUAGUUGCUGCUGAAAAUCUUAGUCAUAUUUACCAAAGUGUCAUAGCCCCUGGCCUCCACCUGCUGCCCUCCCACUGAUGAGAAAUGAUAUAUAUUGAUGACAUUGACCAAUUUAUAUAUAUAUAUAAAUGAAUGAUAAACCUGCUACAUACUCAC